AUGGUGAGGGCAGCGACGGUGAAACGACCCUUUUGGUCGUAUUUUGUGCCGUCAACGUACACGAGCCGCAUUCACCGCUGGGCAUACUAUGCACCCACACUCAUGUUUGGUGUCGCAACGGCCGCCAUUCUCAUGCGGCAGUCGUACUACCGCAGUUCUCUUGCGGAUGAAGAUGAGAAUACAUGUGACCGCGUUGAUCGCCGCGCGUACGUUGCGCUACCAGACGGUCGCAUGGCGCUUGUGUAUCCCAUCGUCGAUACACAAGUUACCCCCACACGUGUCAUCUUGUCGUUCCUGGAUUCCAUUAACCCCAUGCCAUGA